GCGGCACACACCACUCACUGUCACCCGGGUGGGGAGGGGGCAGGACUGACCGAAGAGAGGAGUGACUUUUCUUUCAAAAAUAGUACACUUCAUCACGGCAGUAGCCACCGGUACAGCAGCAGAAGCAGCGGAGGGUGUCAAACAUGGCUCUUUACGGAAAUAAAUAACGGGAUAUGAUUUCAACACGGCUAGAAGAGGAAGCGGAUACUUGUUUCAACUGAGAAGAAACUGCGUUUAAGUUAGAACCACACGUUUCAGUGUUGAUAUUUGGACACGAAUACCUGCCAAAAAUAGUCCCGACUCUCCAUUAUUGAAGCUCCUCUGUCCUGUGCGACCCCCUGACACAGAAAGGAUGGUGAUGGAGGAGGGGGGGCAGAGAGACAGAGGGAGGGGGACUCCAGCAGAAACAGAGGGGAGACAUAUCCUCGUAGAGCUUGGGGAGCAGAACCUGGAUGCCAUCGUUCUCUCUACAUAUCGAACAGCCUGUAAGAUCAGGUUCAUUCAGAAGAGAUGCAACUUGCAUCUGAUCGACAUUUACAAUGUGAUAGAGGCGGUGCGGGACGCCGGACUGAACGCUGUAGAGCUGAACGCUGGCAUCUCGGUGACCAGACUGGAGAACUUGGUGUUCUCGCUGUUCAACCAGCUGAGCAAGCGCCUGCCCACCACACACACCAUCAACCAGCGAGAGAGCGCCAUCCUGUUAGUUGAAUUCCUACUGGCUGCCAUUGACAGUGAGCCUGACAGCCGUCUGACGGUGCUCUCUGUGAAGGCGAUGCUGGCCAUACUGUGUGGAGGGAAACUUGUAGACAAACUCCGCUAUGUGUUUUCUCAGGUAUCCGACUCCAAUGGUGUGUUGGUCUUGUCCAAGUUUGAUGCUUUUCUGAGGGAGGCUCUCAAGCUGCCCACCGCUGCACAUGAAGGACCGUCCUUUGGCUACACACACACCUUGGCACGCUCAUGCUUCCCGCAACAGAAGAGGGUGAUGCUCAACAUGUUCCUGGACAUCGUGAAUGACCCUCCUCCGUGUCUUGUCUGGCUGCCUCUCUUGCACCGCAUGGCCAACGUGGAGCAUGUCUAUCAUCCUGUGUCAUGCUCCUAUUGUCGUGGCAACGCCAUGACGGGGUUCCGCUAUCGCUGCCUCCGUUGCCGAGGUUACCAGCUCUGCCAGAACUGCUUUUGGCGCGGCAACGCCAGCGGCUCUCAUAGCAACCAGCAUCAGAUGAAGGAGCACUCGUCCUGGAAAUCUUCAGCGACAAAGUUUGGUCGAGCCCUGAGCAGGACUCUGGGCUGUGUGUCGUCCAGAGAGCCCCCCCAUCCUAUGUACCCAGAAGAACCUGAGCGGACCCUCAACCUCUCCAACAUUGUCCCCUGUCGCCCCAUUGGGAACACCAGUGAAGCCAUGUUGCUGUCCUCACAAGUGCCCGAGUCCUCCAAGAGUUUGGCAGCGGCUCAGCGUAUGAACGAGGAACACGCUCUGAUCGCUGCGUACGUGAAUCGCCUGCAGAGCAGCCCUAGUGUGGACAGUCCCAGCAGAGGAGAUGAGGAGCACAAACUGAUCGCCCGCUACACCUCCCGACUGGCAGAGACUGACAGCGCUGCAGUAAUUCCUAACCGGAGCAUUAACUUUGAUGUGAACAAACAGAAGAGGGAACUCAUUGCUCAGCUGGAGUGCAAAAACAGAGAGAUCUUGGCAGAGAUCAAGCGUCUCCGUGUAGAGCAUGACGCAGCGUGCCAGGCCAGCCCGGAGAAAGGCAGCAGUAACCCCACGCUGCUGGCCGAGCUCCGUCUGCUCAGACAAAGGAAAGAUGAGCUGGAGCAGAGGAUGUCGUCUCUGCAAGAGAGCAGGAGGGAGCUGAUGGUACAGCUCGAGGGACUGAUGAAGCUGCUCAAGGAUGAGGAACAGCGACAGGCAGCGCAGGCGGCUGGUUCUUCUCACGCCUCUCCUUCUCGACCGAGCCCGUCAACCGUGCGCUCCGUAGCUGCUGCGUCUCCCCACGCUCACAUGUACCAUCCUCAAGAUUCACUUGCCGGGGUGGGCGGGGACGUACAAGAAGCAUUCGCCCAAGGCCCGAGAAGGAACCUGAGGAAUGAUCUUCUGGUCGCAGCUGACUCCAUCACCAACACCGUGUCCUCUCUGGUCAAGGAGCUCCACUCUGAUGAUGUGCGGGACGAAGAGGAGAGGUUGCUGAAUGGGAAGGACAGAGCAGGUUAAAAUGAUCGCAGGACAAGCAAAAACAGCAGACUGAUGUUUCAUCACGGCCAAAGAAGACUCACCCUGCUGGGAUUAUUAUAUAUCAUCAUAUAUUUAUCAUUAGCCAAUGGGGAAUAGAGCUCCUCUGCCAAUCAACCAAUCACGAUGCUGGACACCAAACGACCGCUGGGUCCCUACUGAUGUAUAGCUGUGAUUCUGUGUGUGUGUGUGUGUCCUGUCACUGUGGUUUUAACUUUUUGUUUGAUUUGAUCGUGCAUAGCUAAACAAGGAGUCUGAAACCUGCUGAUUUGUUCUGUAGCCUGUGUGUGUGUGUGUUGUGUGUGUGUGUGUGUGUGUGUGUGUGUGUGUGUGUUUGUUGUGUGUGUGUGUGUGCUCUGCAUUUUCGAGGGUCAAGUAAGUGAAGGAAAGAUGUGUUAAGGAAAUUUGUGAAGGAUAAAAAAAUACUGGAACGUUUCAGGAUGGAGAUACAGGACGUAAAGAGAAAGGAGGUAAAGGAAAAAAGACGAGAAAUGAGUUGUAAUGUUUUAAGUUUCGGCACUGUGUGCUUAGUAUUUAUUGCUUUGAUUUGAGUUUAGACAUUUGGUCAUUCAGUUUGAGUGUUAAUGUGUAUGGUCUGGCCCUGCUGAGAUGAUAAGCUUUAACGGGAUGCUUCCUGCUGUAGGCUGAAAGCUAAGGUCCCGCUCUCGUUACCUGGCAGAUUAGUGCCAUGGUGCUGAUAUGACAGCAGCUCAGGUUGUGCUGGCCUCUCUGUGUAUCUCGGUACUGCAGUGGGACUACAGUCUAAGAGGAGAUAUCUGUGUGUGUGUGUGUGUGUGAAGGGUAAAAAAUAUUUGCUUCAACAGUGUAGCAAUAGAGUAGCAAAGUGGGUGGAGAAGUGGACUCUGGAAGUGUUUAUGCCCCUUUUUUAUAAAUAUUAUUUUAAAGAGUCAGUGUAGCCCAGCCCUGUAAUAAAGGGUCGCAUGAUGACAACAGAAAUAAGAAAAGAAAUGACAUGAUAGCAUGAUUUGUUGAGGAGUUAUUUUCAAUCAAUGGACUUGAUUAAAUUACUCAAAACUCAUAUCCACAUAAUUGCUUAUGUGACCAAUUAUUCCAUAUAUACAAACACGUAUACAGACACAGUUCCCAAAACCAGAAAGAGAAGACAUUGUUGUAAUUAGAGACAAAAAGUGCGUGGAAUACUCCCAAAUUGACUCAAAGAACCCACUUUUAAAACCUCUUAUUAAAAUGUUCCUCACUGCAACGCUUCUUGGGAGACAUUUCUAGUUAAAGUCUUUACGUAUUCAUAUUAUUUUUUCAAGUUUAGCCUAACCUUUUAAAAGUGCCUCUCAUCAAACAUUAUCCCACGAGCCUUUUUGAUUUUCCAUACACUGCCUGUCCAGAACGACUCCUCACACUUAGCUAUACUCUUUGAUUCAGGCUUUAUGUAAAAUGCAGGGGAUUGUAGGAGUUGUAGUUCUCUUUGGAUUCUAAGCUAUAACCAGCAGCCCACAUACUGUGUAUCUUCAGACUGAUGUCUGUGCAAGGUAAAGAUGACCCAAAGUGGCUUACUGAGCUUGAAUCAGGGCUGAUGUGAAAUAUACAAAAUAUGUUUUUAGCAUUACACAGCUUUGAUUAGGAAGCUGUAUGUAACCGUUGUACAUUUUUAAAUCAGUUUUUAGUUGGACAAUUUAUUUCUUUGAGACUUCAGCAGCCCUCCACAUUGUUUGACUGACAGCACGUGAUGAAUGAUGAAUGAUGAAUACAUGAAUGAGCUUUUGUUUCUGUGUGAGCGUGACACCAAGAUUGACAGGACAGACGAGUCCUGACAUGAAAUUGUAAACACCUUCAGCUCUGAACCUGCCUGAGCUGACACUGUGAGUGAAGCGUGUGUUUAAUCUGUAAUAAAAAAAUAUUUAAAGUCA